AUGGCACCGGUGCUGCCCCUGGUGCUGCCCCUGCAGCCCCGCAUCCGCCUGGCACAGGGGCUCUGGCUCCUCUCCUGGCUGCUGGCACUGGCCAGUGGCUUCAUCAUCCUCUGUAGCGGCCACCUACUGGUCCAGCUGUGGCCCCUUCGUACCUUCCUGGCUCCCUCCUGCGCGUUCCCUAGCCUGCCCCAGGUGGCACUGGCAGCGGGGGCAGUGGCUCUGGUUACAGGACUGGUGAGUGCAGGAGCCAGCCGGGCAAGCCUGGACGCAGCUCGGUACCCUCCCUGGAGAGAAGUCUUGAGCCCACUGCUGCUGGCCGGUGCAGUCGUGGGCGGUGGCCUCUUGCUUCUGGCUCUGGGGUUGGCCCUGGGUUUGCCUGGGAGCCUGGACUCAGGGCUGGAGGAAGGCCUGGGGGCCGCCUUGACUCAUUACAAGGAUACAGAGGUGCCAGGGCACUGUCACUCUAAGCGACUGGUGGAUGAGCUGCAGUUGAGACAUCACUGCUGCGGGCGCCAUAGCUAUAAGGAUUGGUUUGUGGUCCAGUGGGUCAGCAACCGCUAUUUGGAUCCUAAUGACCAAGAUGUGACUGAUCGGAUCCAGAGCAACGUGGAAGGCCUCUACCUGAUUGAUGGGGUCCCCUUUUCCUGCUGCAACCCCCACUCACCCCGGCCUUGCCUGCAAAACCGGCUCUCAGAUCCCCAUGCUCACCCCAUCUUUGAUCCCCGGCAGCCCAACUUAAACCUCUGGGCCCCAGGGUGUCAUGAGGUGCUGCUGGUGUACCUGCAAGGGCUGGCGAGUACCCUGGGUGGCACACUGGCUGUCACCUCCCUGCUACAGGCUCUGGUGCUCCUGGGCCUACGGUACUUGCAGACAGCGCUGGAGGGGCUCGGCGGGGUUAUUGAUGGGGAAGGAGAGGCCCAGGGCUAUCUCUUUCCUGCGGGGCUGAAAGACAUGCUGAAGGCAGCCUGGCAACAGGGGGGGGUAGCCCCCAGACCAGCCCCUGAGGAGACCCCACCUGAGGGCCCUCCUCAGGAGGGUCCGCCUGAGACCUAG